AUGGAAAACCUCACGCCAGAACAAUGGCGCGAGAUUAUGAACAGGAAGAUGCGGUUCCCUCCGGAGCUCAUUGGUGCCAUUCAGGAGGGGAACGCAGAGAUGCUGUUUGGACUGUUGAAGACCGGUGAUGGUAUCAUCCGUCAGCUGGAUGAGUCUGAGGAUCGUCAGUGGAGGGAGGCCCUCAACCUGUCCAUCCGCCUGGGCAAUGAGAGUUGCAUGGACGCCCUCCUCCACGGGGUCAAGUUUGACUUCCGGCAGAUUCACGAGGCCCUGCUCGUCGCCGUGGACACCAACCAGCCCCGAGUGGUGAAGCGCCUGCUGGACCGCCUGGACCAGGAGAAAGGCAACAAGAUGGACGUGCGCUCCUUCUCUCAGGCCAUCUUUGACCACUCCAUUGACAACUCCCAGUUUGCCCCUGGUGUGACACCUCUGACCUUAGCCUGCCAGAAAGACCUGUAUGAAAUAGUCAACAUGCUCACCCAAAAAGGUCACGUCAUCCCCUGGCCACAUAAGAUAUCCUGUGCCUGUCUGGAGUGUUGUAACGGCCGUCAGUAUGACCUGCUCAAGUUCUCCUUGUCCCGUAUCAACACCUACCGUGGCAUCGCCAGCCGCGCCUACCUGUCCAUCACCUCCGAUGAUGCCAUGCUCAGGGCUUUCGGUCUCAGCAGAGAGCUCCGCAAGCUCUCACAAAAAGAGCCAGAGUUUAAGCCUCAGUACCUGGGCCUGGAGGAGGUUUGUCAGGAGUUUGCCGUUGAGUUGCUGGGCAUGUGUCGCAACCAGAGCGAGGUGACCACCAUCCUGAACAGCUGUGGAAACGACAGCCAAGACUCCUUAGAGCAGCAGGCCUUUGAGGAGGGAAUCCCCAACCUGUCACGUCUGCGGCUUGCUGUCAACUACAACCAGAAGCUGUUUGUGGCCCACCCAAUCUGUCAGCAGGUGCUGUCUUCUAUCUGGUGUGGGAGCUUGUCCGGCUGGAGAGGCAGCAGGACGGCCUUUAAGCUGUUUGUCUCAAUAGGGAUCUUCCUCACCAUGCCUCUCCUCUGCCUCGUCUACUGGAUCGCACCCAAGUCAAAGGUAGGAAAGAUACUGAAAAUUCCUGUGAUCAAGUUUCUCCUCCACUCAGCCUCCUAUCUGUGGUUUCUCAUCACGUUGCUCGGAGAAUCAAUAGCCAUGGAGUUGUAUCGAGACAAAUUUGCUUCCCGGGAGGACAACAUCCUGCACAACUCCUUCCACAUGGUGUGGGUGGUCGGAUUCUUCUGGUAUGAGUGUAAGGAAGUGUGGAUUGAGGGGCUCCGGAGUUACUUCCUGGACUGGUGGAACUGCUUGGACGUGAUGGUGCUCAGCAUGUAUCUGGCAUCAUUUGCGUUACGUGUGCUUAUCAUGCUCAAAGGUUACUUCCUCUGCUAUGAUCAUAAAGGCACAGAGGAGUGUGUCUACUUCACUCAGACUGUCCGCAAGGACUGGCAUCAGGAGGACCCCCAGCUGAUUGCGGAGGUGCUGUUUGCAGUGACCAGUUUGUUGAGCUUCACACGGCUGGCGUACAUACUGCCAGCACAUGAGUCUCUGGGAACUCUGCAGAUCUCCAUAGGGAAGAUGAUUGAUGAUAUGAUGCGAUUUAUGUUUAUAUUGAUGAUCAUUGGAACCGCCUUCCUCUGUGGCAUCAACAAUAUUUAUGUUCCUUAUGUCAUCUCUCCACAUCUUGGCAGGUUUAAUGAGACGUUCUACUUCUUAUUCUGGACCAUGUUUGGCAUGGCCAACCAGCAGUACGUGGACAUGCCAGACUUUGUGGUGGCAGAGUUUGUGGGAAGGGUUCUGUACGGCAUCUUCACGCUCAUCAUCGUCAUCGUCCUGCUCAACAUGCUCAUUGCCAUGAUCACCAACUCCUUUCAGAAAAUUGAAGAUGAUGCAGAUGUUGAGUGGAAAUUUGCCCGGUCGAAGCUGUACCUCAGUUACUUCAGAGAGGGCCUCACCAUGCCUGUGCCCUUCAACAUCAUCCCCUCACCCAAAGCUGUCUUUUACAUCUUAAGGGCUAUCUUUAGACAAAUCUGCUGCUGCUGCACUUUUAAUUCUGAGAACAAAUAUCCCCCAAUAGACUCGAUGACCAAUGAUAAGGGAGGUGAAGACAGCCAGUUACCUUACCGGCAGCAGGUGACCAGAGCGCUGGUGCAGCGCUACAUUGAGUCAGCUCGCAGGGAGUUCGAGGAAACCAAGAGGAGAGAUAUCGGUAAUCGGAUAACUGUGCUGACCAAAACAGUCAGCAAGAUGCACGAUGAUAUGAAGGUGGUCCAGCAGCUUCUGAUGGAUGAUGGACAGCCUGCAAAUGGCACGUCAACCAAGGAUGGCUCCUCCUUUCUGGGAAAAUACAUCACCGGUGCCAAGAACAAUUUCAUAGGUUUUAACAGCAGAGAUGACAAAAAUGAAUCACUUAAAGUGACAUUACACCAUGAAGAGGAAAGGGUGGAUAGAGAAAAUGUGCAAUCAAAAACAGAACAAGAGUCAGACGGACUGCAGAAUCAGGUGGGCGAAUGUGGAGCAGAGGGAUCAGAGCAGGUAAAAGACUGUGAUGUUAUGAAAAUGGAGGAGGGCAGAGCUAAAACAGAACCAGGAGUUAAGAAGGAAAUUGAGAAAGAAGAGCAGGUGGAAGCAGACACUUAUGAAAAUACAGAUACUGAAGUGAAAGAGGAAGUAGUGGCAGGGACAACUUUUAAUCAUGGUAAAGAAGAAGCUGAGGCUACGCAGGAUGGGGUGCCGGGUGUCAAAAAACCUAUAGCUAACAAAAUGAUUCCCUCGCCAACAGCCAGCAGCAGCUCUCAGGACACAGGCUUUGGUUCCCAAGAAGGGGAUGGAUCGAUUGACGGGAUACUAGUAAGACCGUAACCCUAGUGCUGUCACAUUUAAAGGCCAAUACUUUCUCAGGGCUUUGGCUUAUUGGUUACCUUAUUCAAUAUCUGAUAAGAGGGAAAAGUUCCACAUCUUGGAAAAUAUAUAGUCAUACACAUAACCACCUGUAAAACAGCAACUAUUUAGCAUUUUGCUUGUAAGUGGAUUUUUGUUACCGUUGAACAGAGGUAGUUUAGCUGUUCACCUCUUAUAAUUUGUGCCUAGCUAGCUGCAGCUUCAUAUUAACUGACACUUGAGAUAAGUUGUAUCAACCGUCUCAUCUAGCUUUAUGCUGGAAUGCAAACACGGGUAUUUCCCAAAAUGUUAAACGAUUCCUUCAAUCCUAAUAACUGGCUCUGUAAGAAACUUUUCAUGUAGUGAAGCCAAUCGUUGUGCAAAAACCUGCCGCCUUCUGGCUAAUUCUGCUCCCAUUCUGUGUGAAAUGAGGACAAUUCUGUGUUUCUGACACACAACACCUUGAGGAAGAGAGACAUUCAUCUAUCUGCUUAAAAGUUCAUUUAAACAAUUCAUUUUUGGCAGAUGGUUAAUUUUCUUCUCAAUCCUAUAAAAAUGUCAGAUUUAGGCAUUCAAAUAAAAUCAUUCAGCCAUCGAUAUAUUACAAAUAAAGUUUUCUCAAUUUUAGAAUAAAUGUUCUUAUACUUACUGAGACAGAGAUAAUGUUACCAAUUAAAAUGGCUAAUGGAUUUAACUGAAAAAAGGCAGUGUACACCUUAGUUUCAGCAUGUGGUACUACACCUGUACACCUUAACAUGCAUAAAUGGAAGAGAAUUACAGGGCCUUUCAACUAGUAAACACACAAUGAGCCCACUGAAAGUAAAACGACACAACAUUGGGGGGAUUUUAUUGAAGAAGGGUUGGUUCACUCUGUUGGAGUUACACAUUACACACAGGCCCAGAAAUACACACACAUGCACAAACCUGACCUAUUCCUACAUAAAUAGAGAGUUGAGGCAAUUGCGUCAUGUUGUACAGCUGCUUUGUGCUGGGUGUCCCUCUACUCACUGCCAUUUUCACGCUUUCCUUGUUAACAGCAAAGAGCCUGUGUUAGCCAUCGUGGUUUCUCUUAAAGAAGAAAAACAUGUAGCUUUGUUUUUUUAAAUGUGUAGUGCUGUCAGUAAUGAGACAAAUGAAAACAAUCGGUGCUGCCUACACCGAGUUAUCCCAAGCACCCGACAGGCUUAAACAGGGCAAGUUUUAAACUAGUUUUUAGCCUCUAAACAUGUUCAAAAUGUUAUUACUAGUGCCUAGCCACUGCAGUAGAUGUGACAGAAAGGCAUGCAAGUUGUGUCUGUUCAGCUACUGCACAUACUUUUGUUUAUUUCCUUUUUUCUGGUGAAGUUAAUUAUCACAACUUUUAUACCUUUCUGUCACAUCUGCUUCAGUCAAAUUGACUGUGUUCACUUGGAAGGAAUCACUGCACAUUGGUAAACACUGGUAAUUACAUUUUGAACAUGUUUAGAGACUAAAAACAUGUUUAAAACUUGCCCUGUCAAAGCCUGUUGGGUGCUAACUCUAACAGGAGGAUAACUCGGUGUAGACUGCACCGAUUGUUUUCAUUUGUCUUACUCCUGACAGCACUACACGUUUAAAAAAAACAGAGCUACACAUUGAAUUCUCCUUUAACAUUCAAGUAUCAGAAGAAAGUAGCCUUGCGUUCCAUUAACAUUUUGCACAAUAGAUGAUUUGCAACACAAUUAAAACAUUUGAAAUCACAUUUAUUUCUGUGUGUCUGUAUUUUAUGACCGCAGUGUAGGGGAACAUCAUAAUCAUAACUCAGCGCUGACCGAGGUUAUGAAUUAGUGUUGCUUUGGCAGCAGACCAACACCCUGCCACAGUGUGACAGUGCAGGUCUCAGCUUGCUUUACACAUACUGCUCCCUUGAGGUCACAUGCAUGAACACAGCAGUUCAUUAAUUCAUCACCUGCAGCAUCUCCGGUCCCGAGACACUGCCCACACAGCCUUCCUUCGGUUGCAGUGUUGCGUGAUUGAUGGCGUCACCAUAUUCAUUUUGGGUGUAAGCCUGUUACACCCUGAUCUGCCUGCUUUACCACAGAUAAUUAAAACACUUUGUAAUCUGACACCAAAGCUCCCAACAUGUAUCGCCAAGAAACUGAAUUCAUGUUUUACAAGCCUGUCAUAUCACAAGCCAACCAUAAUCCCCAUCCUGUUAGAGCAUCCAGUGGCAGAUAAGCCCGCCCCCUGGCUCUCAUUUCCUAAUAAACAAGAUAUAUUAAGAACAGCAUGCUGACUACUUACCUUUUCUUAUUUUGCUUUAUUGUCCUUACCUCAAUAAAGGCUGGUCUAAAUAUGUAUAAUAACAAGGUAUAGAUAUGCUCGAGUUUUGAUGUACAAUGAAAGCUUCACAUAUUUGUUACAACAGUUUAAUAAAUAAUGACACAAUUAAGACAAUUGUACAAUACAAAUUUAAUUUUCCACACAUCUAAAAUGCAAACAUGAAAUUCAUUUAUACAACCCACGUAUAAAACUGUAUUGAUAAAAAA